GGCAUGCAGCAGAGACUAAUUCUGUAGUAUCUGACUCCCUUGGGAGAAUAUCAGGAGGUAUGUGCUGUAAUUAGGCACUUGAGCAUUUGAUGUAAUGUGAAGAACAGUAAGACUCCCCCUACUGAAGUUUGUGGGAAGCUUGUGAGAAAAGUGUACUCAAUCUGUAAGGAUAAUUUAGAAACUUAACAAAUUUGAGUGAGGACCGACUAUUGAACAGUAAUCUCUAUUUAGUGUGAAAAUAUGCUCGUACUUUUUUUUGGUGAACGUUUAUUUUGUUUAGAGAGGCCAAGAAUUUUCGGAGAGUAAAGCUUGAGAAAAACUGUGCGCUUUUAGAAACUGAUCAUCUUUAAAGACAAAAUAUACGUUUAUAUAUUAGAGCCAAAUUGAGGACGUAUUCUUUUGCUUUUUAUCCCUCAAAUAUUUUUUUGCAGUGCAGAACAAGCAGCUUAGCGUUGAAAACGGAUGUUGAAUUUUCGAAGAGACUUCACAAACAAACAAAUUUGUCUCUCCUUCAUUAUCAACUUGGAUCGACUUCUAAAGAAAUAAAAAGAGCAGAGCGAUAUGACCUUGUGAAAUCAAACCAAUAGAAUCAGAAGCAAAAUACUGAUGCCACUCAUGACUCCUUCGCAAGUGAUAUGUGAAAAAUGAAUUGCUGGAGUUGUGAGCCGUCGGUUAGCUCAGCUAAGAACUGGCAUUGCCUGUGAUUCCGACAAUCUAGUUUUCACUGGAUCAUAAGCGUUGGAGUUAUUAGCGGAAACGGAAGAAAAGAUAUUGUUCGGAAUAUUCCGACUCCGAUUUCGUCAAGCUUUGGGCUUCACUUACGACUCCGACUCUCGAUUUUCUCUGGUUCGCCGGCAUUCCUACGACUAAAGAACAAUUCAACUCCAACUCUGUCUUUUGUGUAAACGAACCUUUAGACACUCUACCACAUUCAUCCCUCUUGAAAAACACUACUUUAACUCUUCAACUUCCAGAUCAAAUUUGUAAUUCCCCUUACUGUCAACCAUAGAAUUCUUAUAAUGUUAGUUCGGAUAAUUUAGUAUUGGAUCAGCUAAUCAUGUCCGAAUUGAUAUUUUUCUUUAUUCUCAUUGCUUAUCUGGUUGAUAUUGUAUUGAUAUUGUAAGGAGAAAUUCUGUCUUGGUCACUUGUGGAAGUUAGAGGUUAAGACAAUAAUGCAUUGUACCUACUGAAAUCUGACAAAAAAAAGCCUCAGAAUUUAAAAGCUAUUUCCUUUUAUUGUCUUUUUAGUAUUUGGCAUCCUUUCUUUAUCAUGAAAAGUUUGCCACAGAAUUUGUGACUCAUAACGGAGUCCAGCGGUUACUAGAAGUGCCCCGCCCAUCUGUGGCUGCUACAGGAUGUUUUAUGUGUUUAUAUUAUCUCGCUUACAAUGAGGACGCCAUGGAGAGGGUAAGACAUUUUUCCAUUUUAAAAAAAAUGUUUUUAGGUUUUUUGAUUUAUACUUGGAAGAAAUGCAUUAUUUAGUGCAGAUUUAACUUACCAAUGAUCUGUGAGCUAUAAGCAGACCAGUUUUUUUCUAAAAGAAAGAGGUAACCAGUAUCAUUCCGUUAAACAUGAAAUAACAAUGAAUAACACAUCUCUGCUUAUUUUUCAUCAAUCUCCCUUCCCCUUCCCCUCCCCCCCCCAGAAAAAGCUUAUUUAUGUAUAACGUAUAACCUUCAGGUAGAAAAAACUUCACAGCACUUAUUGCUGCAUGAAGAGAGAUAAAAAAGGAAUUAAAGAAAAACUGGUUAAAUGGAUAAAUAGAAUCGUAAACAAGGAGAAAGAAAAAGAUAAAGAUAAGAAACAUAAAGAUAAUCACUCAAAAAAUGUUAUCUUACAAAACUACCGUUAAUUCCACAAAAACACUUCGAAUAAUUAAAUUCUUGGUGCUCUUUUUUCUACAUGGGCCUGAGAAUCAUGAAAUUAACAAACAGAAUAUGUCGACAGAACCUCCUUAACUGUUUCAAGUAACUUGUUUCAGGUGUCCCUCCUACCAAACCCUGUGCUGAAUGACCAGGUCAAGUAUACAUUGUGGCUUCUAGAAUGUUCUCACGACUCUGGCAGAUGUCACGCAACUCUCUUUUUCUCGCUCACGUGUUCAUUUCGA